AAAUCGGAGAGCGACGAGGAAGAGACCCACCUGCAUUCCCCUCCGUGUGCUCCGUCUCUCUCUCUCCGUUGAAGCUCUGGUGGGGUUCAAUCGAAUUGCAGAGAGCAACGAGAGAUCUUGGUCGACGGCAUUGUGAAAUCGGAUUUAUACGCACAAAAAAAUCCAAAACGUCGAGUCAUGGGUCGUCGCAAAUUACCUUUAGAGCUUAUCACCAACGAGAAAGUUCGUAGGAUCACCUACGAGAAGAGGAAGAAGGGCCUGAUGAAGAAGGCCCAAGAGUUGGCCACCCUGUGUGGCGUCGACACGUGCAUGAUUAUCCACGGCCCUGCGGGAUCCUCAGCCUCCGCCGCCGCCGCCAAGCCCGAGAUCUGGCCCGCGAGCCCGGAGAAGGUCAAGCGCAUCAUCAGGCAGUACAUGAGCGAGGGUGGGGACCGCCGUGCGAAGAGGACGGUCGGGCUGGCCGAGUUCUUCGCGAACCAGAAGAGGAAGGUCGACGCGGAGCUGGCCAAGGCCCGGUUGGCGAACAUGGAGGCCAAGUAUCCGAUCUCAGAGGCGCUGAUUGGGAACCUCUCCAAAGCCGACCCGACGUGGCUAUACGGCUCUCUGGGGCAGAAGCUCGACGAGGCCAAGGCGAGGCUGGCGGUGGUGAAAGAGGACGCAACGAGGAGAUCGAGCCGUGCGUACGAUCAUCACGUACAGGCAAAUCAUCAUCACGUGCUCUCGGCGGCGGCGGCGUCGUCGCACGGCCCCUUCAUGGACAACAUGUUGCUGGAAGGAACUCCAAGCUUCAAGGCGUGCUACGGGGCGCUGAUGGUCCAGCCAGUCCCGCCUGGGCAAGACUUCCACUUCGCCGCCACCCCGGAGGAGACGAUGCGCUCGGAGACGUCGUCGUACGGCCUUAUCGUCAUGGACGACGUGUCGCUCGAAGGUAGUCCAAGCUUCGAGACGUACCACGCCACGCCGAUGUUCCGGCCAGCCCCGGCCCCCGAGCCGCUCUGGACAACCCCAUAUGAUGCAAGCUUCUUCUUCGCGGGAGGUCUUUCGGUUUAUUGA